AUGCCCUCAGGCUAUAAACAUGGUGACACGCCACAGAAGGCCAUGGUCCGUGGAACCAUAAGCUACCUCGAAUCGCAAGGCCUGCCUGUCAACAAAUCCGCCAUAUUUCGACACUUUGAAUUAUCUCGCUCCCAGGGCUACGCAGCACUCAGUAGCGCCAGGUCCAAGCGGAAUGAUCCCGAGUGGGAAGAGACGCGUGGCCGACCAAGCAAGAUAUCUUCAGAGGACCAGCAAAAGAUGGAGAAUAUCCUCUGGGACGAGGCGUAUGAGAAUGUAUAUCUCAAUUGGGCGGGUUUAGCGAAACAUUCGGGUGUAGAAAUGGACUUUAAUUCGAGGACCAUGCACAGAGCCAUGGGUACAAUGGGAUACAGACGGUGUUUGGCCUGUGGACGAGGCUGGGUGAAUAGGAGAGUGAGGGAGAGGAGGGUGGAAUGGGCGCGCAAGAUGCUGGAUACUUUUGCGGGCGACGACAUGGCUUGGAAACGGGUUAGGUUCGGAAGUGAGCUGCAUUUUGGAUUUGGACUCGACGGUGCGAUGAGGGUGUUGCCUCGGCCGGGCGAGAAGUACUGUCCCAGCUGUGACGAGGCACACGACGAAAUUGGCAAGGAAGAACCGAUGGACGAUGCAAGAUGGUCAAGAGACGUCAAGAGGGUGCAUGCAUGGGCGUGCGUAGGGUACAACUUCAAAAGCGAACUCGUGUUUUACGAUGAAUCAACGAGCCCCAACUCAUCUGGAACGAUCACCAUGACCGACUACCGCGACAAAGUGUUGGAAAAGCACGUCAAACCGUGGCUGCAACCAUCAAACGGUGGACCGCAGUCCUUCACCCUCGAAGAAGAUGCCGACUCGUUUGCCCACGGAUCAGGCAGCAAGGUCAACCUCGUGCAGCAGUGGAAAGACGCAAACUCCCUGAGGAGCCAUUUCAACUGCGGCGAUAGUCCCGACUUGAGUCCCUUGGAUUCUUUGUGGCCGGCCGGGAAGCAGUGGAAGUUGAGUGCACCGUUGAAGGAUUGGGGCGAUGAGAGCUUGAGAGACGCGGCGAGACGGGCGUGGAAAGAGGUGGUCGUUGAGCAGGACAGGGUGAAUGUCUGGGUUGGCUUUAUGACGGCGAGACUGAGGGCAGUUAUUGACAGUGAGGGUAAGAUGGUGCCGUGGUGA